GGGGGGGGCGUAGUUUUUCAUCUUUCUUCAAUGAAUGAUCAACACCCCCGUCCGACUAUGUUGGAUGAGGAAAAGAAUAGAAUCAGGGGGUUGAUUGCUAAGUGUUAUGCUGAUGGAAUUCUUCCAAAAGAAUUAGCUCCCAAUUCAGUUAUUACUGGGGAUUACUAUGUUAGAGUAGUUAUUAACCCAGAAGUGAUGACCAUUCAAGAGGAAUGGCUCCAGGAGCAUGCGGUGUCCAUCUUCUUCGGGGAUGACUCCACGUCUCUUCCCGUGAGCGUGAAGAAACGCCUAGUGCGUAUCUAUGAGAAUGGAUGCAACAAAGUCCAAAGCUCAAAACUCAAGGGGAACAGGAGGCAGGGGGGUGGUCCGAUCGGAGGAAAGGGAGGCGAAAAGGGGGAAGGAGAUAAGGCGCCAGAAGGUGGGGAAAAGAAGGGGCCAUCGCCAGCCAAGGAUGGGACCCAGUCGGAGGAUGUUCGGGUGAAAGAAAAAGAGAGCACCUCGAAAUGGGUGGUGAAGAAGGGUAAGGCAAGGGAAUUGGAGGAGGGUUCAAAGGGACCAGGUGAGAAGGGGGACAGUACCGGGUCGGGAAGGGACAAAGACGAUUCCCCGGAAAAGGGAGAUGAGCUUAGGGAGAAAAGAUCUGAACUGCGGGAGAAAGGAAAAAAGCAAACGGUAAGUGAUACUCGCGAUGGGUCUGGUCUUCCCGGUUUGAAAGACGUAGAUCGGAUGGAAGAGGAUACCAUCUUGACCAGGGAAAAGCGUAAGCGGGACGAGGGAGAUCGCCCGACAGAGGAGGUGGUUCUCUCGAGUCCGGAGGAUCCCGAUCCGGGCAAUGCUUUAGUCCUGUAUGAUGCAACCAAAGCCCGUAAGGCUUCAGGUCGGCUCUCCCCACGUUCCUCAGGGGAGGACUCUGAGGACGACGAGGACGGGAUGGGUGAAGGAGAGGCGCCACGUGUCCUGCUCUGCGGCGACGUCCUCGGGCGCUUGCGUCAGCUGCUAAAGCGUGUCAACACGGUGAACAAGUCGAAUGGUCCUUUCGACUGUCUUCUGUGCGUGGGGGCGUUUUUCCCCCUUCCGAAGCAAGAAAUGGCUGAUGACAUUCCGCACAGAGAGGAGAUUGAAAGUAGAACAUGUGGAGGCGGUGGUGGAUUGGAGAGGAGAGAGAGAGAGGAAGAGGAGCUAGAGAUCUGGGACUUCAUCGACGGCAAGGCCGAGUUUCCCAUCCCGACCUACUUCAUUGGCGGUUAUGGUGUAGGGGCCAAUACUGUUCUAUCUGCAGCAGUAGUAGCGGCAGCAGCAGCAGCAGCAGCAGGAGGAGGAGGAGGAGGAGGAGGAGGAGGAGGAGGAGGAGAAUCAGAAACAAUGGUUGCUGUGGUUGCGAAGCAUGUGAAACCAAGGUAUCACAUUGCCAGCACUGAAGGGGUCUUCUACGCAAGACAACCAUACUCCAGUCAGGGAAAGCUCCAUGUUACCCGCUUCAUUGGACUUGCACCGGUCGGGAAUACUACAAAACAGAAAUUCCUUCAUGCUCUUUCUCUGAUGCCUGCUGCGCUCCUCCCUGCUUCGGACCUCGUGAUUCGCCCGGAGAAUACGACUCCAUCUCCUCUCGAGCCGCCGCCAUCAAUUCUUCCCCCGCCCACGGCGACAUCAAUAGCAGAUCAAAAUGAAGGCAUGUCUUUCAGAGGCGGUCUGUCGAGCCUCGUGUUGCCUGGAUUCGUCCGCGGUGGCAUUAUGGAUGACCGGAAGAGCGCUGAGGAGAGUCAAAAUCAUGCACAGAAGAAUGCGCAGAAGAGUGCGGCGAAGUUUGGCCAAGGGGAAGAUGCUUCCGAUGUUCCGGACGGGCAAUACUGGCGAUUUGACCUCGGCGGGCGGCGGGACAGGCGAGGUGGGGAGAGGGGAAAGGAGCCCGACAAGAUGUGCUUCGACUUUAUGAAGGGGUCUUGCACGAGGGGGAGCGCGUGCAGGUACAGGCACUCUGCUGCAGAGAGAGAAAAAGACGGGAAGGUGAAAGGCGACAACGAGAAUUGCUACCUGCCGAAGGGGGUGUGUUUCGACUUUGUGCGACGAGGCAGUUGCGAGAGGGGGGAGGAGUGCAGGUUCAAGCAUUCUGUGGAAGAAGAGAGAGAGAGUGUGGAUGAGAGAGGUGGCGCCGAAAAGGCGGCGGAUUUGCCGAAAGGGGUCUGUUUCGACUUUGUGCGGAAGGGGAAGUGUGAGAGGGACGGCGAGUGCAAGUACUCCCAUUCUCUCGAUAAUGCCGGCAGCGGUCAUCUUGCGCGAGACAAGCGGAGAAGACCUGAAGAGGAGUCAAGAGCGGAGCCCCCCACCGGAUCAUGUUGGUUUUGCUUGUCCAGCCCUGAGGGCGCACUUGUUCCAGGACAUGUAUUGGUGCUUCCGGUAGAACAUUUUCCGUCCCUUCUAUCUCUGCCAACUGCAGCAUUUGCCGAGGUCAGAGCGUACAAGAACGCGCUUGAACGAUGUUUCGAGUCCCAAGGGAAGCGUAUCAUUGUGUUUGAGAGGUUUCUGCAACUGCGCAUGGGAGCGCACUGCCAUCUGCAGGUUCUCCCCGUCGAAGAGGAAGUGCAUGAAGCGGCGAAGUCUGUUUUUGAAACUGCGGCAGAGAAAGCGGGCUGGAGUUUUUCAGUUGCCGCCUCAAAGGCUUGGAGCUUGGAAUGGGAGCAAGAGAUGAGGGCAGCGCUGGGCCGGAGCAAUUAUUUCUGGGUCGAAUUGCCAGAUCACUCGGUGCUGUAUCAUCUUGUGAAACCUGGCGAACGACCAGCUCUGCAAUUUGGAAGGGAGGCAGUUGCUGAGCUGUUGAAAAUGCCGGAGAGGGCAGACUGGAAGCUGUGCAAGCAGACAAAAGAGGAGGAGACGGCACUCGUGAGCAAGUUCAAAAGCGCAUUCGAGCGGUUCGACGAAGUGAUGGUGGACUGACGAUUUUUUGGGACGAUGAAACGUUUUUUUCCAAUGGGGAAUGCCGGGGAGUACUGCUGGCGCCGCUACCGUAGUCUGGAAUCAACACUCAGGAUUUCUUGCUGCUGUUUUUUUUUUUUCUUCUUUUUUUUGAAACUUAUAGAACACAGUUCGUUUCAUUUGAUCCAGAUCCAGUGUUGCGCAUCUCUGUGUGGCUAACGAAAUUGAGAGAAGAAUAUAGCUUAGCUUUACCCAAAAAAAAAAAGCAUGCCUAAGAAAGGUCGGUCGUGCAAUUCUUUCUGCUGUCUUAAAAAUAAAGUAAAAUUCUGGUGAUCUG